UAUUGAAUGUCUUGAAUGAGCCUUUUUCUGACCAUUAUGUCAAAAUUAGAUGUUUAAAAGUUGUCAGUAUAUGUCCACAAUGCACUUCACUGAGAUGUCUGCGGCGUUACGUGUGGUCUACACCGUAUCCAGGCCAGGGUCAUUUCUGGUCAGUCAAAAUCUUGCACGUCCUCUCAGCCUAUCUGCACACAGAGCAGGGAUUAAGUAUGUCAAUGACCAGGAGGAAGCCACAGAUAUGAAGUCCAUCACGGACCGUGCGGCUCAGACUCUUCUGUGGACAGAGUUGUUCAGAGGUUUGGGAAUGACCAUGAGCUACCUUUUCCGUGAACCUGCCACAAUCAACUACCCCUUCGAGAAGGGCCCUCUGUCGCCCCGUUUCCGUGGGGAACAUGCGCUGCGCAGGUACCCCUCUGGAGAGGAGCGGUGCAUUGCGUGUAAACUUUGUGAGGCCAUUUGUCCAGCCCAGGCGAUCACAAUUGAGGCAGAACCUCGUGCCGACGUGUGGGGGAUAACUAUAGGUUAUGAGAUAGGUGUGGACUGUUGGAUCUAUUGUGGCUUUUGCCAAGAGGCCUGCCCUGUGGAUGCUAUUGUAGAGGGUCCCAACUUUGAGUUCUCCACAGAGACUCAUGAGGAACUGCUUUAUAACAAGGAGAAACUCCUCAACAAUGGAGACAAGUGGGAGGCUGAGAUCGCUGCCAACAUCCAAGCUGACUAUCUCUACAGAUAAAUAAAUGUCAUGGACUGUCUCAUUUCAACACAGUGACUAUAUACUCUUCACCAUGCUCUCUUACCAGUAAUCACAGUUUCAAUUGGACAUGGAAUAUUUGCUUUUAGACAGUUACUGUUGUGCUGAGUACUCAUUUUCAAUGCCCAGGGACUGACUUUUUUGUGAAAAUUAAGUUCACACAUUCAUGUCCGUAAACUACAGCAGCCUUAAAGUGGUGCCUCAGAUUGAAACAUUUCUGUGUACAUCUAAAGCUGUCGUUUUGACUUUUCAUUCAACACAGCGUGACCAUCACACAGCAAAUGUUGAGGUAUGUUGUGUAAGUUAUUCUUGAAAACCACCAAAGAUGACGCACUACUUUGAGGCUACUGUUACGUUGUCAUUUUGAACCAGGAGAUCCAUCCUUCCCAUUUUCACCCUUCUUCCUUUCAUAUUUUGACCAUCCAUUGGAUUUAAAUGAAGAGCUGUAAGAAACAAAAGCACUUCGACAGUUGUGUUGAAUAUAUCUCACAUUAUAUCCUUACAGGUAAAGACAGUUUAUUUGUCCUUGCGAGUACUGUACAAAGACUAAAUACUUGUGGACCGUAUGUAAUAAAUUAAUGCUCUGUCCAAACCUUU